ACCCAAGCCGAACAAUUCGGCUUCGGUAGAAUACAGUGUUACCUUUCUUCGGAAAUGAAGACCUUAUGGAUAGUGUUGGCAGUGUCGGUUAGUGUGGCUUAUGGACUUGAAAAUGGACUGGCUCGAACCCCUCCGAUGGGUUGGAUGAGUUGGGAGCGAUUCCGAUGUAUUACCGAUUGUACGAAGUAUCCUGAUGAGUGCAUUAGUGAACAAUUGUUUAAGCGUAUGGCCGAUUUGAUGGUGUCGGAGGGAUAUCUGCAGGCCGGAUACAACUUUGUGAACAUCGACGAUUGUUGGUCAGAGAUGAAACGAGACUCCAGUGGGCGAUUGGUGCCUGAUAAGAAGCGGUUUCCCAACGGAAUUAAGCAUUUAGCAGACUACAUUCAUUCCAAAGGACUUAAAUUUGGUCUGUACCAAGACAUUGGUACAAAAACUUGUGCUGGAUACCCGGGUAUGAAGGAUUACUUUGAUGUGGAUGCGCAAACCUUCGCUGAUUGGGAUGUCGAUUUCAUUAAAAUUGACGGUUGCUACGCCGAUGAACGUAAAAUGGUGGAUGACUAUAUAUUGUUUGGUGAACUUAUGAAUAAAACUGGAAGACCUAUUCUAUAUUCAUGCAGCUGGCCCGUUUACCAGGAAUACAAUGGAAUAAUUCCAGAUUACCAGAUACUGAAAAAGACUUGCAAUAUGUGGCGCAAUUGGGGCGAUAUCGAUGACUCUCACAGCUCCGUAGAAUCCAUUACACGCUACUUCUCAGACAACCAAGCGCGCAUACAACCCCAUUCUGGUCCUGGCCAUUGGAAUGAUCCAGACACUCUUGUCCUAGGAAACUUUGGCCUCAGCUACGAACAAAGCAAAUCGCAAUUAGCAGUGUGGACGGUCCUUGCUGCGCCUCUGCUAUUGUCCAACGAUCUGGCAACGGUUACUCCGGAGAUCAGAGAACUUCUGCUGAACAAAGAAAUCAUAGCGGCCAACCAAGACCCUCUUGGCAUUCAAGGUCUGCUGGUAAAAACUAUUAACAGAAUCGAGAUAUGGAAACGACCGAUACUCCCCAAGGUGAAGGAUGAAAUGACGCAAGUCGUGGCUUUCGUCAGCCGCCGCGCCGAUGGAGCACCAUAUGCCGUUCGAGUGAAGCUCGUCGAAGAUCUUGGCAUCAGUGAUAACAGUUACAUCAAAGGAUAUAAGGUUUACGAUUUGUUCAACAAAGAUCGCAAACCAACAUUUGUACCAGCGAAUGGAACAUUCGAAACGCGAAUCAACCCCACUGGAGCCAAUUUCUAUCGAUUUGAACCGAAAUUGAAUGUCGCCCUAAGAGGCAUGACCGAGUGGAAUUAUUAAAUGAACCGAUGCACUCUCGUUAGAAAUAGAUUGAAAACUUGUAUGGGAAUAAACAAUUGAACGGGCGCAUCACUUAAGGCGUCUACUUAA